UCCCUACAAAAGUGAAAAUAUGAUACCUUUAGAUGUAAUGUUUACUAUCUCGGCCCUGCAGCUCUAGGUAGCCUAGCUAGGGCUCUUACCAAAUUAUACCUAUCUGCGGGUCGUCGGCAAAGCUGUCGGGUUUUGCCCGUCUUCCUAAGCUGUCUGGACCUCAUGUAAGGGAUCUGCAGCUACUGUAGUACUUAGCUGGUGAGCGAGGUCGUUCAUCCAUGCUUGAUGCUCUGGCCACGUAGACGGACGAAGUUACCUAGCCGGCAUUGCUACCGGAUUCGAAGGUAUAUCGUAAGAUACAUGAGGCUAUAUGAAGUAUAUACGGCAAUGAUGGGCUCGUUCUAUUCCAUCUAUCUAGUGUGCCUAGAGUCUCUUAUUCAUCCUAAGCUGUACCACUUAAGCUCGUGCUGGCUCUCUGGGUACGUGUAGCGCCGAUGUCUUGCCUUAGGAAAGCCGUUGCGGCUACUCUCUUAGCUCACGUGCUACCCUUCGCGUAUUCCCAGACAAUUGUCAUAGACAACUCAACAGUUCCGGCCAACGAGUCUACAGUUGCCCCAGCCGUAGCUAUAGUCGACGCGAGGACCUCAAAUUCAACUGCGGAACUGUUCAAAGGAGAGACCCUGCAGCUGACUGAUGCCGUCUUGGCCAACCUUACUCACCUACAACUGACCAAUGUCACGUUAUUCAGCUUCCAGAACGAGUCGGACUUGGCAGAGAAUCCACCUAAGCGGCCUUUGUCUGGAUUAUGCAAGACAUAUCCAGACGACCCCUAUUGGCCUUUUCCAUCUACUUGGAGGCUCUUCAAUAUCCUACUCGGUAGCGGUUUAACCGAGACCGUCCCUUAUGCGGCGUCUUGCUAUGAUACCUUUGGGAAUCGUAACACGUCCAAAUGCGAUUUCAUCACCAAUAACUGGGUCAAUGCAUCCAUCUACCACACUGAGGAUCCUACAUCUGUUAAUGCUGUGCUGUUUCAAGGGGCGACUUGUAUGCCACCAGCAUUUGUGCCUUCGAAGAGUGGAUGCACAGUCGGUGGGUAUCCCACCUACUCAGUGUCUAUCCGCAAUGUCGCGCAAAUCCAGCUGGCGGUCAAUUUCGCACGGAAUCUUAAUCUGCGUUUGGUGAUCAAAAAUACCGGCCACGACUUCAGCGCCAAGUCGGUUGGGAUGGGGGCACUGUCCAUCUGGACUCAUAACCUGAAAGACAUCCGAUUCUUUAAGAACUAUAAGCAAGGGCGUUACAGCGGCCCUGCUUUCAAGCUCGGUGGCGGUGUUCAGGCUUUCGAGGCGUACGAGGCUGCUAGGAAGAAAAAUGUCACUAUAGUUGGUGGCGAGGGUCGCACCGUGGGCGUCAUGGGUGGUUUUCUUCUUGGUGGUGGCCAUUCUCCCUUAUCCAGCCUCUACGGCAUGGCCGCCGAUCAGGUACUCUCGAUGGAAGUGGUUCUGGCUAGUGGCCGGUUCGUGACUGCAAGCGAAACAAGUUAUCCCGACCUAUUCUGGGGUUUGCGCGGCGGUGGGGGGUCAACCUUUGGUAUAGUUACAUCAGUUGUCGUCAAGGCGCAUCCGAAGACCAAAGUUACGACGAUGACAUAUAUUCUGGCGACAGGACCAACAGUUACGUCCACACAAUUUUGGGCCGCUUUGCGCGCGUUCUUUGAUGGCUUCAUCACAUAUACCGAUGCUGGCAAUUAUGAGUACUUCCGAAUCUCAAAGGUCGGGAACGAUCAAUAUCUUUCUGAUAUGGGCCCGUGGUUCGCCCCUGGGAUGUCUAAGUCUCAGCUCGAAGCCCUAGUAGCCCCAUUGUUUGCUAAAUUCAAAGAACUUGGUAUUGAAGUUAACCCGGUCUACACGGAGUACGACGACUUUUACGACGCGUGGCUCCCGAGUUUCCCCGUCGAACCAUGGGGAAGCAAUGCAAUUCGACAGGCUAGUCGUUUAUUCCCGAAAUCCAACUGGCAAGACGUCGCGAAGCUGAAUGCUACCUUUGAUGCUAUCAAGAGCGUAGUUGAAGAAGGCGCGUACAUAAUAGCAUUCAACAUUGCCGCCGCCCCCAAGACUGGGUAUCCUGAUAACGCGGUAAAUCCAGCAUGGCGAAAUACUGUUAUGCAUGCUAUUAUGGCCUCCUUAUGGAAUGCUACCAAUGCCGACUUGGAUAUCAAAGCUGCAAGCGAUAAACUGACCUUCGACUGGAUGCAGCGCUGGAGAGAUGUAUCACCCGGAGCUGGGUCAUACAUGUCGGAGGCAGACUACAUCGAGCCUGACUUCACCCAAGCAUUCUUCGGGGAUAAAUAUCCGAAACUAUAUCGGCUCAAGCAACGAUACGACCCAUUCGGCGUCUUUUAUGCUCACACGGCUGUCGGGUCUGAAGAUUGGAAGAUGUCCGAGAUGAUACUGGGGAAUCUACCGUCGCAGAAUAGUAAAUUAUGUAAAAUUUAGAUUGUUAGAGUAUGUAGACCCGGUAGACCAGCGGUUGGUUCUGCCGCUUAGAUAAAAUUUGGUUUACUGUCUAUCAUGGAGGAGGAAGGAAAUUGUAUGUAUUAUGUACGAAGUACCUAAACUUCUUAUACUUGCCUGUCUAUUCAAUCUGCCGUUUAGAUUUUUACCUAUUUAUAUUCGGCGAUGGUGAGGAAGUUAUGUAAAUACCUAAUAUGUAUAUGUAACGAUGUAAUGAGAGUAGAAGUUGAC